AUGGACGGCGACCGCAAGUCCACCGUGUCCUCAUUCUACGGGCGACCGCGCUCCUCCUACGAUGCCCUCAACCAGGACUACCCCUCCCCAUCUGCACAACCCAGGCAGCCCCGCGACGACGCAUCCUCGUUCUUUAAUCCCGCCGCUCGG